AUGGAAUACCUGCAGUUUCUGCUGCUGCUUUUCUCCUUAUUCCAGACCCAAUUUUACUCGGUUAUGUGCCAGAUGGGAGAUUUGGAUUCCAGAACUGACAAAGAAGCCUUGCUAUCUUUCAAACUCCAUGUCAGUGAUCCUCAAAAUGCACUCUCAGAGUGGACACAGAAUUCUUCUCAUUGCAACUGGUAUGGUGUUUCUUGCAGCAGCAAUGGAUCCCGAGUAGAAUCCCUCCAACUUGGUAGUCUUGGCCUUGCAGGCACUUUAGUCCCUUCCCUCUCAAAUCUUACUUUCCUCCACACACUUAACCUUUCCCACAACUUAUUUCAUGGCCAAUUUCAGCUGGAGUUUAGUAGGCUCUCACUUCUUCAGCACAUUGACCUUAGAAACAAUUCCAUUAAUGGAACUGUUCCUGCUAUUCUUUCUGAUUGCCAUAAUCUUGAAACACUUAGAUUACAAGGGAACAGUUUUAGUGGUAACCUUCCACCUGAACUAGGCAAUCUCCAAAGACUCAGAAUCCUGGAUAUCUCUGUCAAUAACCUCACUGAUUCACUUCCUCCUACAUUUGGAAACCUUUCCUCUUUAACUUUUCUUGCUUUUGCAAGAAACAAGUUAGUUGGUGAGAUUCCAAGUGAGCUUGGUCGGCUUAGAAACCUUCAACAGAUACAGCUUUCUGAAAAUCAUCUGACCGGCCAAAUCCCUUAUUCUAUUUUCAACAUCACUUCUUUAGUUUUCUUAUCUGUAACGCAAAAUAACCUUUCAGGAAAUCUACCAAAUGAUAUAGGUCAAGUUCUUCCAAAUCUCAAGCGACUGUUUUUGGCACUAAACAGGUUUGAAGGAAUUAUACCUGCUUCUCUAUCUAAUGCUUCAAACAUUGAAUUCCUUGACCUGUCUAGAAAUAGAUUUCGUGGGCCAAUUCCUCUGCUUGGCAACAUGAAGAAACUUAUCAAGCUGGACCUUGGUGCAAAUUCUCUCUCUUCUACUACAGCUCAGAAUUUUCAGUUUAUUGAUUCUCUUACAAACUGUACGCAGCUGGAAUAUCUGAUGAUUAAUUCCAACAGACUUUCUGGUGAAUUUCCCUCAGUCGCAAAUCUGUCAAGCAAUAUCCAGCAUUUUUGCAUUUCUGACAAUUUGUUGACUGGUAGCUUCCCUCAGGGGAUUGAGAAGUUUCAAGAUCUCAUAUCCCUUUCUAUUGAGCAGAACUCUUUUACAGGUGAGAUUCCAAGGAGUAUAGCUACACUUAAAAAUUUACAGAGCUUUUUGGUGUUCCAGAAUAUGUUCUCUGGAGAAAUUCCAGAAAGCUUCGCUAAUUUUACUCAAGUUUCUGAAAUCCUAAUGGGCAAUAACCAGUUCUCUGGUAAAAUUCCUACCAGCCUUGGAAACUGCCAGCAACUACAGACAUUAGACCUGUCUUGGAAUAGGCUCAAUGGAAGCAUACCGGAAGAGGUUUUCAUGCUUUCGGGUUUAAACUACUUGAUUCUGGUACAUAACGUGCUUGGGGGUCCUCUCCCUAGUGAAGUUGGUAACUUAAAGCAACUUCAAGUGUUGGAUGUUUCUGAAAACAAGCUGUUUGGAAAUUUAACUUCGUCAAUUAGUGGCUGUUCAAGUUUACUAUAUCUCAACAUGUCGAGAAAUAAUAUCAGUGGUGAAAUUCCGGAUUCGUUAGGAAAGUUAGUAUCACUAGAGGUUUUGGAUCUCUCUUCAAACAAUCUUUCUGGACCAAUUCCACAAGACUUGGAAAAUCUUCAGUUUCUCAAGAUGUUAAAUUUGUCUUUCAAUCAUUUGGAAGGAGAAGUUCCAACAGGAAAAGUCUUCUUGAACGUCAGCACGUUUUCUAUCGAGGGAAACGACGCGCUAUGCAGCAGUGAUCAAGAAAUUGCAAAAAAUUUGGAGCUCCCUCAAUGUAAUACAAGGAAAAGUAAGAGAAAUCACCUGCUCAAAAUUUUAGUUUCAGCUGCUGGAGCUGCUUCAUUUAUAUGUUUGAUUUUCUGCUUUGUAUGGGCAUUGAUGUCCAGAAAGAAGAAAAAGAGGGAGAAAGGCAGUAAAUCUUCACUUUCAUUGAAGGGGUUGCCUCCCAUGAUAUCUUACUCUGGUAUCCGGCUUGCUACAAGCAAUUUCGCAACUGAAAAUCUGAUUGGAAAGGGGGGUUUCGGAUCGGUUUAUAAAGGUUCAUUCAGCACUAAUGAAAACGGAGCGAACACCAACAAUACUACCCUUGCUGUGAAGGUUCUUGACUUGCAACAAAGCAAAGCCAUUCAAAGUUUUCUUGCUGAAUGUGAGGCCUUGAGGAAUGUUAGGCAUCGAAACCUUGUGAAGAUUAUCACCUCAUGCUCAAGCGUUGAUCAUAAAGGAGAUGAAUUCAAGGCAUUGGUUAUGGAGUUCAUGCCCAAUGGCAACCUGGAGAAGUGGUUGUAUCCAGAAGAUGAGGAAUCUGGAUUAUGUUUGACCUUUCUGCAAAGACUUAAUAUUGCCAUCGAUGUAGCUUCUGCCAUAGAUUAUUUGCACAAUGACUGUGAACCAACCGUUGUGCACUGUGAUCUGAAGCCUGCAAAUGUCCUUUUGGAUGAAGAUUUGGCUGCUCAUGUAGGGGAUUUUGGAUUGGCAAGGUUUCUGUCUCAAAAUCCAUCACAAGGGGAGAGUAGCACAAUGGCAGUGAAAGGCUCAAUUGGUUACAUUGCGCCAGAGUAUGGUCUAGGUGGCAAAGCUUCUAUCAGUGGAGAUGUGUAUAGUUUUGGAAUUCUUCUGCUUGAAAUGUUCAUAGCAAAGAAGCCAACUGAUGGAAUGUUUAUAGAAGGAUUAAGCCUCAAUAAAUUUGCAUUAGCAAUGGAACGCAAUCAAAAUUUUGAGACUGCCGAUCCGAGGCUUUUUAAGUAUCAAGGAAGUUUACUGCAAAGCGCAUUCAAGACUUAUUCUAGUGAAAGUAGCAGCAGCAGCAACAGUGAAAGUGAUUGGCCUCGCAAAUAUGAAGAAUGUUUAGCAGCAGUGAUAAGAAUCGCAUUAUGUUGUGCAGCUCAAUCAGCCAAAGAUCGUUUAUCCAUGAGAGAAACCUUGACAAAGUUGCAUGACAUUAAGAAAAUUUUACUGAAGUUAUCAUGAGUCAGCCCAUCAGCCUCUUACCCCAUGAGUGUGCUAAUAUUUUUUAGUGUUUUGAUAUAUGGAAGCAGAUAUAUGCUUUCGUUUGUAAAUAUUAUCAUGUAAACUAUGAGGAAUUAUUGAGUAACAAAGUUCCAAUUUAAAAAAUAAUUAAUUAAUUUAUUUCAUUAUGUAAACGCAAAUAAUAGAAUUACAUAAA